AUGUCUCUGCCGAGACAGAGGCGAGGACGGACCCCCCAGGUCAGUUCACCAGCUCCUCCACUAGGAGAUGUCAUUGUCACAAUCCAGCACGAUGACAUCGAAAUUCCAGAAUAUCAAGUUGAUACCGAAUCUCGAAUCACAAACUGCCAGUAUUUGACUUCCUACAACUUGCUUGGUGAAGGAGAGUGUAAAAUACUUGUUCCAGGUGAGCCACCAAAGUGGACACCUUUGUCCGAAUCCGAUCUUCCUACACUUCAACAAGACACGAGUGUGUAUUAUCGAGAUCUAAAUGCUGCGCGACACCCCACCUACCCUCUUGAACCAAUGGUACAAGCAAUACUGACAGACAAACCUGAAUACUCGGUGACCAAUGUUGACAUUAUUGCGUGUAGCAAUACAAUGAAUAACCUGCUACGUUUUGUCCUUGGAAAGGAAAACCCCUUCAGGAUACUUGUUGAGGUACUUGGCAAGACAGUCUUUUUCAUCCGAAGGGUAAACUCACCCACAGAAACGAUUCCUAAUGUCCAUGGCUAUGGGCACACUUUCCCAGAAGCAUACACCACGUGGAAUGCAAGGGUGAGCGGAUCUGAAUCUCACCAACGAGUCAUGAAGUACGAGUUUGCCGGCAUGCAGUGUUUGGUACGUUGUGAGGCAGAUGGGUUUUUGCCCGGCCUGGUCCCUGAUACCGAGAAAGCCGAAGAAACCCCUGUUCCCCCAAAUGAUGCUAUUGACCCAGAAGAAGAAGAUUCGCCGUCCAUGGAAGAUGUAAGAAUUCUGUGUGUGCCCGCAGACACUACAGAGCUUGAGAUUGGAAAGGAAGGCCGACAUAUUCCACAGUGUGCAAUCUUUGAACUGAAAACUCGAUCUAUCACCAAGAUCAAUCAGCCCGUUCUUAAGCAAGAAUUACCCCGGUUGUGGAUUUCACAGACUCCCAACUUCAUCCUCGCUCAUCACACAUACGGUCAAUUCAACCAUAUCCGGGUUCAGGAUGUGCGAGAUGAGGUAAAGCAGUGGGAGGAAACCCUGCAACCGGCUUUGGGUAAGUUUGCCAGCUUACUCCAAAUGAUUGUUGCAUUUGUCCGAGACACGGACAACAAGAAACUUGAGAUUGAGCGGGAAGAGGGUGAGCAGGUUCUGAAUCUCAGGGCACAAGGUGGAGUUGUCAAUGGGGUCUUGUCCCCGGCUGUGGCAAGCAAAUGGGACAUGUAA